GCCUUACUAGGAACCUAGGAGAGGCCUUUUCCUGGUCCAUCCGCGCUGCGCAGGCGCACGCCCACGCAGCAGCUAGACGCCCCACCCGAGCGUCCCGUCUCCUAGUAACCAGUCGCUAGCCCUCUUUGCUUAUUUCUUAGUCCAGGCGGGCGGCUGCUGUACGCAUGCGCACAGCUGCCUCUCCACCCUCCAUCUUCCCUCUCCUCUUGAAACACCUGUUGUAUCUGUACGCUGGCUUGUCCUGCUUUUCGCAAUGGCCAGGAAUCAAGUUUCUACAACUUAAGGAAGUACCUGCAGGCCACCUUGAUAUUUGUUCAGGGGUCCCAGUGGGAUUUUCUCUCAGUAAAUGUGCUACUCAGGUGUCUGCUAUGCAUGUGAACUCAAAAGUGGAUGAACACUUAAUACAAGGAGCCAAGAAAAACAAGGAUCCAGUGACUCAGUUAUUUCAAAACACCAAGAAGAUAAGGUUAGAACAUACAAACCAAGAAAACUUCACAAGGAGUAAAGGAACUGGCACAGGAUCUCUUUCAGAGAAAGACUUAGGUUCAGUAGUAUAUGUUAAAGGAAGUGAUGGAAUAGAAAUGACAGAUGUAGAAUAGUUAUUUGUGCAUACUACCAAAGAAACCAGACACUGCUGUUGACAUGGAUAUGUUGAAUGAGAACUUAGACUUAUCAAGAAAACCUAGCAAAAUGAAGGAAGACAAUUGCUUACUUGUCCAGUAUUUAUGAAUCAUCUUUGACUACAGUUUUGAUGGUGUAGAAACAAAAAGCUGCUUUAGGGAGGAAAAAGUUUCCAAAAUUCAAAAAAAUAUAUUUCUUUGGUUUUUGCAUCCUAUCUCUGUCAAAAAUCAGAGUAGCAGUAUGCAAAUAGUACCAAAACAUUUUAAUUUCAGUUUUCUUUUUUUUUUUUUAUUUAAAUUUUUA